AUGUUUUCUCUUAAUACCUCAGAAGUUGAAAUCUCCACCUUCCUGUUGGUUGGGAUCCCAGGGUUUGAGAGUGUACACAUUUGGAUCUCCAUCCCCAUCUGCUUUAUGUACCUCCUGGCCAUCCUGGGCAACUGCACCACCCUGUUUGUCAUCAGGACAGAGUCUUCCCUGCAUGAGCCUAUGUACUAUUUCCUCUCCAUGCUGGCCCUAUCUGACCUGGGCUUGUCUUUCUCUUCUCUUCCCUCUAUGCUGAGGAUCUUCUUGUUCAAUACCAUGGAGAUUUCUGCUGAUGCAUGUAUUGCCCAGGAAUUUUUCAUCCAUGGAUUCACAGGCAUGGAAUCCUCAAUGCUCUUGAUCAUGUCCUUUGAUUGCUUUCCAGCCAUUUGCAACCCUCUGAGGUAUAAUUCCAUUCUUACCAGCUCCAGAAUUUUGCAUCGUGGGCUGAUAUUUGAUAUUAAAAGCAUUCUACUAGUUCUUCCUCUUCCUUUCACUUUAAAUAGACUCAGAUACUGUAAUAAACACCUGCUCUCACACUCCUACUGUCUCCACCAGGAUGUCAUGAAACUGGCCUGCUCUGACAAUAGGGUUAACUUUUACUAUGGUCUGUUUGUCGCACUCUGCAUGAUGUCAGACAGUGCUUUCAUUGCUGUUUCCUAUGUGUUCAACAAGACUGUAUUGGGUAUUGCAUCCCAUGGGGAGCAACUUAAAGCUCUUAAUACCUGCGUGUCCCACAUCUGUGCUGUGCUCAUCUUCUUUGUGCCCAUCAUCACCUUGGCUACCAUACAUCACUUUGCCAAGCAUAAAUCCCCUUUGGCUAUGAUUCUGAUAGCUGAUGCAUUCUUGUUGGUACCACCUUUGAUGAAUCCCAUUGUGUAUUGUGUAAAAAGUUGGCAGAUUAGAGUAAAAGUCCUGGAAAACUGA